GACGAGAUUUCCGAAGCUCCACUCUGAGCUUUGCUUUCUCCGCCCACUUCUUUAUUACUUCCCAAAUUCCUCACCCAACUAUUCCCUGUUGUCUCUUUCUCUCUCCACUUUCUCUCUCCUCCUCGUUUCCACCGGCAAUCCCCUCUUCAACAAUUCACGGCGGCGCUCCGCCUGUUCAAGUAUUCAUUUCAUGGCGCAGGCAUUGAAUAUCUUCAUUUCCACCUCCCGUUCCCCCAAACCCCUGAUCUCCCAUCGCCCCCCACCUCUCGCCGGCGCCGUUUCCCGCUUCUCGCUCACCAAAAACCCUAGCAAAACCCCCCUCUUCAUAACAGCCUCCGCCUCCGAUCCGAAUCCUCCCGUCCUAACAUCCGGCAACGGCGCCGGCUCCGCCGCGCUGCCGGCGCACGCCCCUUUGCCUGUGGUCUCCGACUCCGGCUCGAUUGAGGUUGACGCUGUCACGGAGGCGGAGCUCAAGGAGAACGGAUUCCGAAGCACGCGGCGCACGAAGCUCAUCUGCACGAUCGGUCCGGCCACGUGUCAGCCGGAGCAGCUGGAGGCGCUGGCGGUGGGAGGAAUGAACGUCGCCAGAAUUAACAUGUGCCACGGCACUAGGGAGUGGCACCGGGAUGUAAUUCAGCGCGUGAGGAGAUUGAACGAGGAGAAGGGUUACGCCGUCGCGAUUAUGAUGGAUACCGAGGGCAGCGAGAUCCACAUGGGGGAUCUCGGCGGCACUUCCUCUUCCAAAGUCGAGGAUGGUGAGAUAUGGACUUUCAGUGUUCGAGCUUUCGAUACGGCUCUUCCGGAAUGCACUAUCAAUGUGAACUAUGAUGGCUUCGCCGAAGAUGUAAAAGUAGGCGACGAACUUCUAGUGGAUGGUGGAAUGGUGAGGUUUGAGGUUAUCGAGAAAAUCGGUCCGGAUGUAAAGUGUCGUUGUACGGAUCCUGGACUUUUACUGCCUCGAGCGAAUCUUACGUUCUGGCGUGAUGGUAGCUUAGUGCGCGAACGCAACGCAAUGCUCCCUACAAUUUCCUCCAAGGACUGGUUGGACAUUGAUUUCGGGAUUGCUGAAGGUGUUGAAUUCAUUGCUAUAUCUUUUGUUAAGUCUGCCGAAGUUAUCAAGCAUCUCAAGAGCUAUAUUCAGGCCCGUGCUCGUGAUAGCGACAUCUCCGUGAUUGCAAAAAUCGAAAGCAUCGACUCACUAAAGAACUUAGAAGAAAUCAUUCAAGCUUCAGACGGAGCAAUGGUGGCAAGAGGAGACCUCGGCGCACAAAUCCCGUUAGAGCAGGUUCCAUAUGAACAGCAAAAGAUAGUCCAAGUUUGCAGGCAAUUAAAUAAGCCCGUUAUCGUUGCAAGUCAACUGCUCGAGUCUAUGAUAGAGUACCCCACACCUACCAGAGCUGAAGUAGCAGAUGUAUCUGAAGCAGUUCGACAAAGAGCAGAUGCUUUAAUGCUUUCUGGCGAGUCUGCUAUGGGUCAAUUUCCUGAUAAAGCUUUGACCGUUUUGAGAACCGUUAGCCUCAGAAUCGAGAAAUGGUGGAGAGACGAGAAACGACAUGAGGCUACGGAACUUCCGGCUAUUGCAUCUUCUUUUACGGACAGUAUUUCGGAAGAGAUUUGCAACUCUGCCGCCAAAAUGGGUAAGUAUAUAUUUAUAUAUUUUUUAAUAUACGAUUUGGUAUUCUGGAAUUGUCUUGCAACACAUGCACACAUGCACAAGGUAGUUGGUUUGGAUUAGAGGUGAAAAUCGGAC